UGGGCGCCGCCGCAAGGGCUCGAGCCCGCGGCUUCCCAUGGGCCUGCGGGACUGGCUGGGCGCCCUGUGCUGCUGCUGCUGCCGCUGCCGCGAGUGCGCGACCGAGGCGGCGCUGCCCGAGAAGGAGCCGUUGGUCAGUGAUGACAACCCUUAUGCUUCAUUUGGAGCCACCCUGGCAAGAGAUGAGGAGAAGAAUUUAUGGAGCGCCCCCCAUGACCUGACUCACACAGAGGCAGAUGAUGACAGGAUACUGUAUAACAUGAUUGUUGUUCGGAACCGACUGGACAAAGAUUCAGAGGAAUGGCAAAAACUCAACUAUGACAUCUAUACCUUGCGGCAAACACGAAGGGAAGUGAGAAGCAGGUGGAAGCACAUUUUGGAAGAGUUAGGUUUCCAGAAGGAAGCAGAUUCCCUGCUAUCAGUCACUAAACUUAGUGUUGUCAAUGAUUCCCGAAACACGGGUAAAGCCCGGGAGAUCCUGUUAAAGCUCUCUGAGGAGACCAACCUUUUUCCUGCAAGCUGGGAACUGUCUGAAAGAUACCUCUUUGUGGUGGAUCGUCUGAUUGCUCUUGAUGCCGCAGAUGAAUUCUUUAAGAUCGCCAGCGUUACGUACCCAAAGAGACCCAUUUCAGCUCAAGCAGACAGCUGUCCAAAAGAAAUGCAGUGCCUCUCUGCUUCAAAACCAUGAAAGGAUUACCUGGAGUGCAGGGAGUGUAGGGAGCAAUGGGUUUCAUUUUCCUGUUUGGAGCUGGCUCAUGCAAUUUUCCUCCUUCAGAACGGACCAGCAAAGGUAGAGUGUACAAGUAACAUGACUUAUUUAUUGUGUGUUGAGGUGAGGGAAGUACAGUAAGAGAAUCAAAAUGGACUAGUGGGCAGUCUUGACACAGGGAUGUCUCCCAGGGGAAUGGAAAAAGCGCAGGUAUCAACUUUCUUGCUGGUGGAAGGAUAUGAGACCAAUUGACAAAUGAAUAUGGGCCCGUAUUUGGGGAGUGAAUAAUGGAAUCCAUUGUACAGUCUUACUAUUACUAGCUGUAAAAGCUGUGAUAUCUCUAGUUCCAGCACCACAUAAAAAUAUCUUUUUCUAGCCCCAACUUCUUUGUUCCCUCCAUUGUCUUUGAUAGCCAGGAGAACCUGCAGUGGAAAGAUUUUGACCUUGUUUGGCUACAGAUUAAUUAAAUUUUGCUGUAUGACAAUUUUGUCCCUCAAUUAAAAUGGACAGUGCCGUAUGUUACAUAAAUGAGGCUGUCUCCCACCCUCUUGGCAGCCACACUCAGGAGUUUGCUCAACAAGUGGUACGUGAAUAAACUUGUUGGUGGAUUUAGCUGCAUGUGAAAAGACUACACUUAUCAGAAUUUCACAGCAUCAGUUGACAGAAGCACCACCUCCAGUUUCAUCAUUAGUACUACAUCAAAAGAAUGCCCCAUCCCUUCUUAUUUUUGCAGCCCUGUAGUUACUCUUUGAAGGUGAGGUCAGCUGAGAAGUGCGAUUUGACUUUUUUCUGCUGGAUCUGCUCUGUGAAGAUAAAAAAUUCUCCAUGAUUUUUAAAGACUGAGCUGUAUAACUCAAGCACGAAGCUAGCAUGGAUACAAGGGUUCCUUGCUCCACAUGUAUUUCCCAGUAAGCUUCUGUUUUAAAGAUGGUUUUUGAAAAGCAGGUGCGAUGUUGGAUUACUGAAGCUUUUUCACUGGAUCACUGUAAAACUUUUUGCAGGUGACUAACAAUAUAAGGGUAUGUCCAUUUUUUUGGGUGCUCAUCUUGGCAACUUAAAGGAAGCUGUUUUUCAGGAAACAAUGAGCACAGUUCCAGAAAAAUCAGUCUUCUUUAAGGUGCCUCAAGUUUGGCACCCCAAAUCACUGGUCACUUUUGAAAGCUUUGCUUAUUAUAGCUGCAUUUUUAGAAGAGAGAAGUGUACUGCUUAUUAGGGGAAAAGAGAUGUAUUAUAAGAAAUUGUGAAACAAGCCUUUUAAUAUAAAUGUCCUUUAUACUUUAUCUUGCCAUUUUUGACUGGUAAUGAGCAAGUUUUAGAGAGGGGACAUAGUCGUUUUAGAAUCAGCAGGAGUUCAUUGCUGCUUGUUCAAUGGCCAACUGAGAGUUAAUUUCAGUGGCUUCCCAAAAAACAAAAUAGCAAGAUAGAGCUUUUAUUUGUUUAUACCUAUAAUGUUAGAAAAUUAUAUGUAUUUAUGAAUUUUGUCAAUCUUCCUGGAAAAUGUUUCCCCUAUUGGUUCUAUAUGUUGAUGAAACAUUAAUUUAAUAAACAAAAUUUCUUGUGAAAAUAA